AUGACAGAUAGAAAAGGCAGAGUUACCCCAUUUUUGAAACAGUGUUUCGUGACAUCGGCAGUAGGAAUUAAUUUGAUUGGACAUGGGAGCAUCACGGGUUACCCUGCAGUUUUGCUGCCACAGCUCAGUCAGCCAGGCUCGAAUAUAAUUUCCAGCGAUACCACUAACUCUUGGAUAGCUUCGGUGUUGCCCAUAACGCUGUUUAUUGGAAGCUUCAUAACCCCUCCCAUUAUGGACCGUUUUGGGAGAAAGAUAGCGCAUUUUCUCAUUAGCGCUACUUCAGCUAUUGGUUGGUUCAUGACCAGUCUAGCAUCUAGUAUCGAGGUAAUACUGAUUGCAAGAAUUAUCUCUGGGCUUUCCUUCGGAAUGAUGCUGCCACUACGAUCAGUUCUCAUUGGUGAAUAUACGAGCCCCAAGAACCGUGGAUCCUUCCUCACUACGAUAUCUUUAACGGUUGGCUUAGGGAUUUUUUUCGUCCAUCUCAUUGGAUCUCUUAUAAGUUGGCAAAAAACUGCGGUGAUCGUUCUCUUUCUCCCUCUGACGAGUCUCCUCAUGACAUUCUUUAUUCCUGAGUCUCCUAGCUAUCUGGCCUCUAGAGGAAACUAUGAGAAGUGUGAGCAAGCCUUUCGCUGGUUGCGAGGAGAUGAAGAAGAAGAAGAAGAGGAACUAAAAACCAUGAUUGAAGCAAGAAUUGAGUUUGACAGUAAUACAAAAGGGCAGAAAAAAAUUGAUAUUCUUGGUAAUAUACGAAAGCGAGAGUUUUAUAAACCGAUUAUUCUAAUGUUACAUAUGUAUGCCAUCACUCAUCUCUGUGGCGCGACAGUCAUUGCUACCUUCUCAACAACGAUAAUAAAAUUAAUCAUGAAUCCUGAUGUCAAUGCUGAUGUGUGGAUGGUUGUUCUUGAUACUGAGAGAAUAAUCAUUAACGCUCUGGCUAUUUUCAUAAUGAAGAAAUUCAAACGACGUACUAUGCUAUUUACAACUGGUAGUAUUUGUACUCUCUGUAUGUCGGCUUUAUCAGGAUAUGUGUACGCUAAAUCAUCAGGUCUUUUGACUCAUGAUAUACUUUGGAUACCUGGCGCUCUAAUGAUACUACAAUUCUUUACUAUAGCAGUCGCACUGGUGCCUUUACCAAGCGUAAUCGCUGGAGAAGUUUUUCCUUUACAGUUUAGAAGCAUUGCCGGGACGAUCAGUUUGAUUUCUACUUCGGGGACUAUGUUUUUACUGCUUAAAACUUUUCCAUUCCUAGUAGGAAGUAUUGGCAUAUCUGGUACUUACUCGUUGUAUGCUGCCGGUAUGGUAUACUGCUUGGUUGUAGCCUGGAUCAUGUUACCAGAAACUAAAGACAGAACUUUGCAGGAUAUUGAAGACGAGUACACAGGAAGAGUAAGAAAUAAGAAUGUUGAGGAAACUGAAACUCUUAAAACGAAUGCUACCGAACUAAACUAA